AUGUUUAUACAAUUACUGUUGCAAUCAUUUUAUAAAAUUGUUCGUAAUAAAUGGAAUACAGGAAAUAUUUUUGAGUCUCGAUCAUCAGAUCCAUUAAUUAUUCGUCGUGAAAUCUUAUCAACUCGUCUUUAUAUUGUUCUUUUUGUUAUCUCUCUUAUUAUUUUAACAACAUAUUCUUCAUUAAGUAAUCGAGUUGAAAAUAAAACUGUAAUAUUACCAACUCAAUCUAUUUAUGAAAAUCUUCAAAAUAAAUAUGCGAAUAGUUUACAAUGUUCCUGUACGAAAAUCUCGAUUCCGUAUGGAGAUUUUGUUGAAAUAGUUCCAUUAUUUCAUCAAGUAUGUUCAAGUGAUUUUAUUUCUCAACAAUGGAUCAAUUUCAUAUUUCAAGCAAAUUCAACAUUUAUUUGGCCAAUAGAUGUACGAACAAGUUUGAGUGCAAUGUGGCAAUUAAUACGAGCAUUUUGUCAAAGUUCAAUAAACAUAACUACAGAUGCACUUAAUCAAUUUGAUAAUUCUCUAUUAUCUAACACAAUGUUAUUAACUGAAGAAUUGUUAGAAGCAAAAGUUCAAGCUGCUCUUUAUUUAUUACGUCAAACAGCAUCAUCUACUCUAACACAAUCAAUGACAAUAGUUCAUAAAGUCACACAAGCAAAUCAAUUAGUAACAGGAUUAUUAACAAAUUAUGUUGCUGUAACAGAAAACUUUGGAUUGUCACAACAUUCUAAUAUUAAAGUCAAUAUUGGUUAUAUGAAUAUAUCUCUUUAUACGGGAAUAUUUGGAAAUAAAUAUAUAUUAGAAAAUUCCACAUUAGUUUGUUCUUGUCAAAAUAAUGGUUCAUGUCCUUUACCUGGAAAUCUUUAUUUAUAUAAAACUUUUGAAACUUUUGGAACUUAUGAUUUAAAUAAAAUUCAAGCAAAUGAAACAUUAUCUGGUAUAAUAAUUGAUUGUUUACCAUAUCAAAUGACACUCUCAUCAUCAUUAGAAUGUUUUUAUAAUCAAUCAUGUUUAAAUAUUAUUUUAUCAUCCUAUACAAAUCCAUUGAAUAUUUCAAUUCUUAAUCAAUCUUUAUCAAGUCGUUUUCUUUCAACAACAAAAAUUGAAUUACUUAUCAAUGAACUUUUUCUUGAAAAAAUAUUUAAUCAAACAAACUAUACAGAAUAUUAUUCACAAUGUUUACCCAAUAUUUGUCAAUAUAUUUAUAUAGAUCGUUUUAACUGGAUUUAUGUUCUUACAAUUUUUAUUGGUCUUCUUGGAGGAAUAACAACUGUAUUACAUAUAAUUACUCCAUAUAUUAUUCGAUUAAUUUUAUGUAUUAAAAAACGAUGUGUUUUAAAAAAAAAAUGA